AUGUCGCUCUCCCAACAUCUCACCACCGGCAUUGUUGUAGCUGGAUGCGUUGGUCAGGUUUCCGCCGGACGGGGUUGGAUGGGCUCGCGGAUCGCGCCUGCUCCAUCAAUCGAUGCCUCCGUUGAGCAGAGGCUCUCACUCCAAAGCUCCAUGGCGACGGUUCAGCAGACGCUUGCGUCGCUUGAGCAGAUGCCAAGCUGCCAGAAGCUUGCUACCCAGAAUCUUCUGCAUUCGUGUGAGGUGUUCCAGGACCGUCGCGAUGGGCACCAGUCCAGCGGGGACGCAUAUCUGGAGUCGUUUCGGAACUUGUACGCCAUCCGCAUGACCAACUGCGAUCAACAGGAUGCUCACUCCCCUCUGCCGGACAACUGCCAGCCACUUCUUGACACCGAUCUCCGCGGCACUCCGCGGGAGGCUGUCAAUCUCUGCCUCGCGGCUCUGAACUCCGGUCAUCCUAACCCAUGGUCAACAUUCAAUCGUGUCAAGAGUGAGGGCCUGAUCAUGUGCCAAGCGAAGCGGGCUGACAAGGACAAGGACGACAAAAUCCAUCUCUACAAGAUCCUCACUAGCGCUAUGACCGAUAUCAACGGAGCUAUCAUCCUGCAGAAGGACGAGCUAGAUGCUCUCACAGCCAGCUUUGGCGGCAUUGCCAGUCAGAUCCAGGAUUUUCAUGGCACACUGCUUCAAGACAACCAGGAGAUCAAGGCCCAGCUCAAGGGCUUCUCGGUCGAGCUCACAGACAAUAUGUCGGAGAUCCAGAAGAAUGCCCACGUAUUAGUCAAUAUGGUGCAAGACGCCAAGGCGGUGAUCCUUGGCUACACUUCUGAGGUCGGCUCAGCAAUGCAGCUGGCCAAGUCCAGGGGCGACGAGACCGAUGCACAGUGGGCAGCACAACUACAGCAGGUGAAUCACAUCGUCGGUGUGGUCACUGAGCAAGUUGGUUAUGCAUCCCAGCAGAUGCUAGACAGCGUCCACGCUGCCGCGUACGACAUGACGCAGAGUCUCGAAAUUUCGAAUACGCUGACCAGCGCGCUGGCCAGUGGGCUCGCCGAAGUCAAUCUCGGAAUCAAUGGGGCGACUCAAGGACUCGCAAGCCUCAACACUGAAGCCGUCGAACUCGCUGCCAAGCAUCAGCUCAUGCAAGAUUCCAGCAACGAGACGCUUCAGACUAUGGACGCGACGAUGAAGCUCUGCGGACGCUUCUUCGCAUUGGCCGAGGYCAUUUCRAAAUGCAUCACGAGCGUUCUUGAUGGCAUGAGCACUUUCACCAUCUACCUCGUGGUCACAUUCCUUGUGUCGUUCUGCUUGAUGUGGCGCUUCGUCUCCAGAUCGCUCGCAUGGGUCGUCAUUGCCGGUUUCAAUGCAUUCUACCUGAGCGUGUUCUUCACGUACGUCCACUCUCCGGUCGGAUUCGCGCGGUCCGUCAUCGCUCAUCACCCGACAUUCUUCUCCCCGGUGUAUUGGAGCGUGCUGACCGUCGUUGUGGUAUCGAUCCUGCUAUGGGAGGGGGCAAAGUAUCUGCGCCAGCAAGUUGUCCAGCCAUCCGAGGCAGACUACGAGUUGCGACUCCAUUAA